AUGUUUCCAGACUUGAAAGGCGAGGGAGGCGGGGCAGGGGGCGGGACGCGUAGCGUGUGCGUUCGCGGUUCUUGGCACGAGUUCAAUUCAACCGCCAUCGACUCUUUGAAAAGCCCGUUUUUUGCUCUUUUCAUUCCUUUUUCAAUUAUUUAUUGAUUAUGUUCAUCAGAAAAUAGUAGAAAACAUUGAAAAAGAGCGCUUGCCGAGCUUUUUAAGUAGUCGGAGGCAAUUAAAUUGAACUCGAGCCAAAAACCGCGAACGCACACGCUACGCGUCCCGCCCCUUGCCCCGUCUCCCUCGCCUUUCAAGUCGGGACACAUUGACUAUAAGUGACGAGGGAAGUAUCACUUUAAGCCUUCAUCUUCGGCGCUCUCUUGGAAUUCGCCCUGGUAAACUGGGCGGCGCGGCAGGAUCUCGUCCGGCAAGGAUUCCGGGCCCGACAACAGGCCAAUCUCUUUUUCAGGUUUGCAUUUUGAAAAAAUUUUUUCUCGAAAUAAGAAAAAUUUUCAGGCCAUCAGACCCAUCACAUGGCUACUACACGGCGUUGCCUGAGGUUUUUUUUUCUGGAAAUACUUAUUUUUUCUGGUAUUCAAAAAAAAAUUUUCGACUGAACUUUCUGAAAAUGUUUGCAAAAGCGGUCACUGAGAAUAUGCAUCCGACCAAAAACGACUUGCGCAAAAACGGAGGGCACUUGUAACUCGAAGUGUCGAGCCAUUUCAUUGCGAUGAAAUUUUUGAGCUAAUCAAUAUAAUGGGUAACCAAGUUUUUUGAAUUUUUGAAUUUUCGGAUGUAAGAAAUAUUAAAAUACUAGAAGACGUAGCUAUAAUUAUCCUUAGAGCGUAGUUGAGCCUUAUUUGAGCACUUCUCGGACAUUUUUAACGCGAAACGGACGUACUCCUGACGUUUCUAGGGAUCACUUAAGAGUGCUGACACAACUAAAGGGGUCACACCAGAGCUGUUCUCAGGGCGACCCCGGUCGACCGAGGGCCCCCCGACUUGCGGCGUAUUCGAGGGCGGCCGCGGUCGGCCUUUGGUAAGGCAACUCGGUCGACCCGUAGAUACAAAUUUUGUUUUGACUCCCGGUUUUUUGCGAAUUAUAAGGAGCGCGACCUUUCUGAAAUGAAAGUGAAACAAAAAACCAUAUUUUAUCGAGCAAAUAAAGAAGGAAAACCAAUGAAAUUAUAGUCAAUGUUUCCCGACUUGAAAGGUGAUAUGGGCUGGUUGGCAAGGGCGAGGUGUUGCGUGUGCGACGCGGCUAUUUGGCGGCGAGCCAAAAUUCAAAUGUGGGAGACAAUUUGGAGAAUUCGGCCACCGCUUUUUGAUUUCCUUUUUUCUUUUUCUUAUUCUUUUCUAAUGGAGUUUUUUUCGAUUUUAUUCAUUUCCUCAUUGUAAUUUUUGUGAGCGAACAUCUUUUUCUGUGCGUUUCGCAUAAAAGUUUCUCAAACUUGCAGCGAAACGUGAAACAUUUACGGAAAACUUUUCGCUGGUUCUUGUUUUUUUCGUAUUUGCUGAACUUCUCAAUUUUAAGCUCCUAAAAUUUUUAUAAUUUCUCUAUUAUGAUUGAUUGCAGGUCGUAAGAAGAGAGAAAUGAAUGAGAAAUACACUUCGUUGAUGGCAAACAGGUUUUUUUCAAUUUGUGUUGAAAUUUCUCAUUGUCUUUUUUUCCAGCAAUUUGUGGAGUGCCAUCAAUAUAAACCAGGAUUGUACUGAGAAGAUUCACAAAAAAAGAACGGAUCUAAAAACUAAGUGAAAAAAAAUAUUCAUCGAAAGUAAAAAAUGAAGAUAUGUUUAAAUCUUGUAAGGAAAAUUUUUGACUUUUACUUUCUGUGAUACUUCUACGUGCAAUCCUGUGAAGACUCCGAUAUAAAGUGAGUUUUUAUUUUAUUCAGUUUUUGAUGUUUUGAUUUUUUCAUGCAGCUGUUAGCCACCGGGAGCUAGGUAGGUUAUGGAAACCUGGAUGACGAGUGAUCCCCUCACAAUCACUGGAAUGCGUACACGAUGUUUUAGUGAAGGUUGAAAUAUGCAUUGCAUUAUGAGUUUUAUUUUCUUGAUUUUUCAUAUUCAAUAAACGAUUUGAUCGGUUCGUUGCUUCAAGAGAUUGACCCAAAAGAGAAUUUGGUGAAUAAUGUAGCGGAAUAUGAAAAAAAUGGAACGGUUGAAAAUACAUUUUGUUUGAAGUUCAAUAAACUCUAAAGUUCAUCACUGGCCUCGUCGGGCGAGAAACUCCAUUUUUCGGAAAAGGCACGUCGUCAGAAGAAGAACACGUUGAUGAACAUCGGUCACCGUUAGAAGAUAUUUUUUAUUCGAACUAUUUUGCUUAGGCUAUUUUAUUGACGUAUCACAUUAUCCGUGUAGUUUCGUUGUUGAUCUAAGACUGGCAUUCUUAAUUACUCUACGAUUCCGUCCAUCUAUUCUCGUUAAAACAAAUUCAAGAACGUUUUAAACAAGUUUAUUGGAAGGAAAAACGAAGGAACAGGUUAGCAAAACGUAAGGUUGCUGAUGUAGACAUCACAGAAGAGAGACUUUAUGAUGUUACCUGAAAAAUAGUAUUUAUUACCUUAAGAAAAAAUCAAUUCUUGAUUUUAACCUUGAAGAAUGUCAUGUUCGUUAAUGUAAAAUUUUCGUGGCGAACAAUAAAUCCACAAACUUUUUUUUUUAAUCUAAGCAUUAAUUGAAAUAAUUCUUAUUUAGGGAUUGAAAAGUAGUCAAACCAAAAAAACAGAAAUAGAAUAAAGGCGAAAACUUACAAAGCUUCUGUACGCGACUCGUUAUUUUCUCUCUCCAUCUCGAAAAAUCACUGCACAAAUCCUGAAAAUCUUCAAAUCAACCGACUCCAUUAAAAAAAACAUUUUUAAAGAUGGUUAUUGAUUCGAAAAAAGACUUCGCAGCACUCCGCAAAUCGUUGCUUCUGAAAAUUUUCACUGCAUGCAAGAAAAAAAGAUGAAUGAAUUUGAGAAAAAACCAUGACCUUUAUUGAAAAUCGCCUCUUUUCGAUGUGAAACCCUCGACUUCUGAGUUUUUGAAAUCCUUCAAUAGUAUUUUGCUUGGUCUGAAAAAGUAUCAAACAUGAAUAAAUACAGUAAAUUUUUUUCACGACAUGAAAUGGAAAAAGUGAGAAAAAUUCAUAUUUUUGCGACAAAUGAAUGAGCAACGAUCAACUUGAAGAAACUGUUGUUUGUGCGAAAAAAAUAUUAUUAUAGGUUCAAAUAAAAUUCCGAAUUUACUGAAGCAGAUAAUUAGCGAAAAAAAGAAUAUAAAAAAAGAAUAAGAAAAAAAUAAAAAAAGGAAAUAAAAAAAGCGGUGGCCGAACUCUCCAAAUUGUCUCCCACAUUUGAAUUUUGGCUCGCCGCCAAAUAGCCGCGUCGCACACGCAACACCUCGCCCUUGCCAACCAGCCCAUAUCACCUUUCAAGUCGGGAAACAUUGACUAUAAUUUGAAAUAUUAUUUUUUUAUUUCCAAAGAGAAAAAAACGAAAAAAAGAUGCGAAAAAAAGUGAAAUCAAUAAGCACGAUUUCUGUCAAAAAAACAAUAAAAUGAAACUUUUCAAGAAUCAUAAAAACUUAAACAUUCAUUUCAAUAUGAGAAACAAAAACAAAGAAUACGAAAAAAAAAAAUCCUCGCGCUUGCUUCGGGGGCCUAAUGCCGUGUUCAAAGUAAUUUCCGCGAAAUGCAAAAUACCCGUUAGAGAAAGGAAAAGAUCACUAAAUUUUGGAGAGUCAGAGAUCAUUUUGCAUUUCGCGGAAAUUACUUUGAACACGGCAUAAAUGAAAACCGCUUCGCGGGCCGGGGCGCGUCGCGGUCGGGUCGGGGCGGCCUCGGCCAGAGUCGGCCCGACUUGAGAACAGCUCUGGGUCACACUAAAAAUGCCCAGACACGUCCGGAGCACGUCCGUUUCGCGUUAUCAAUGUCCGAGUUUUAAACUCAUAAAUUUUCACUUUUCAUUUAUGUAAACUUGCUUUUUCGGCUUUUCUAUAAGGUAAGAACUGUUUGUGAGUUGCACUGGUGAUAGGCAAUAAAUUUUGAUAAUUUUCUAACAUAAUAAUAUUGAAAUGGUCACUAGAGGGCACUCUAGCAGUUUUUAGAAAUUUUUCGAAUUAAAUCACUUCAAACGCGACAUGAACAGUUCGAUUUUUUUUCUCGGAAAUUUUCAAAAAUUUUGUUAACGCUCCUCUCCGGUAGACACUACUGAAACUUCUAAAUCUCUCUCUCUCUCACACUAUCUUGCUAAUCGUGUCAGGACCUUUUCAGGAACGCCAGAGUGGCCCCUUUAGGGUAUUUAUUUUGAUUUUUCGUUCACAAUUGAAAAUUAAAAAGAUGAGUUUGAUCCUUUGAGGAUAUUUUUCAUUCAAAAACGAGUAUUUAUCAAGUUUUUCGCACCGAAAUGCUUCUACUCCUGGAGUUCAUAAUAAUAAUCGAUUAGCAUGUCUCCUAUAGGGACCCCUUUUUGAAGAUUCACUGGCCCCUAUAGGGUUUGGUAAAGUGGUCCCUGGGAACCUUUAGGGUCCUAUAGGGUCCACUCUAGAGUCCCUUAUGGAGUAUAGUCCUUUUCAUUCAGACCUUCGAACACGAAAUCGAGCCACGGUCUUGUUGGUCCCGCAUGUGGUACAUGCGUUACACGGAGCACAGCCGAAGGAUCGAUCUCAUUUCUCGGGUCAUGUUUCCACUGUUUUUCAUCAUCUUUAAUAUUACUGUGAGUUUUAAUAAUAAUAAUACUAAUCAUGUAUUUUUUUAUUAUCAAAAAAAUGACCAGGAAUGAAAGUUAUCGUUCGUUUGAAACAAGCAAAUAAACUAAUAAAACUUUCAAUAGUUUAUUUGCUUGUUUCAAACGAACUGUAAAAAAAUAUUCAAAUGGCCUUUUUGAACUUGGAUCUGCUCAAACGUUAGUAAAAUGUUAUUUAAUUAUUUUUUUAUUUUUUUCUAAUGAAGAUGCAGUGAGUGGGAAAAGUUCGCUCUGUUGCCGAUUUAAGGACUAAAUUUCGAAUCUUACCAAGUUUUUUUCAACAAAAAUGACCCAAAAAUUAAAAAUAUAUCUCAUAUAAGCCGAACUAAGAAAAAUUUUUCAUUUAAAAAAAGAAAGUUUGUAAGUCAAAUCUUUUUUUCAAAAAGCUUGAAAAAAAUCGGGCAAAGUUGGAAUGGUGAAUAAUGGCCGCUGAGAGGCUCAAAAAAGGCCAUAAAAAAGCCGUAAAAAGGCAGAGAAAAGAGCCACUUUAUCGAGCCUUCCACUUAUUGAGAUUUCAAAGGCUCAAGAAAUGAUGAAAGAAGGGAGAGGCAGCAAAAAUGGUGCAUAAGGGCUGAGAAAAUGGCGAAAAAAGGCAGCAAAAAGGAACCUUUUUUGCUAUAAAAGGAACGUUUCUAUCGAGCCUUCCAGCAGCCUUCCGACUUUGCCUAUGAACCUUAAAAAUAAAAAAACCAUAUUUCAAAAAAAUUUUUACUUCAAAAAUGAGUCAAAGUCCUAUUUUGUUGAUUUUUUAAAAAUAAUAUCAUUUUUUCAGUACUGGUAUCGCUACCUGAUUCCCUACCUGGCCGUCCAACCCGAAGAUUGGUGA